AUGGGUCCCAAAAAACUGUCAGGUGCUCAGAAUCGAAAACGAAGGGCCCUUAUGGAUUUGGAGGACCAGAAGAGUGCUGGAGUAAUCAAAAAAUAUUUUGGAACACCAACACCUAGUGGUUUACAAACCACAGAAGAAAAAGAUGAAGAAAGCUGCAGUAGCCAAAGUGAUGUGCAUCUUAAGCUCAGUGAGCCUUCAACAUCGAAAACAUCUUUGGAAGAGGAUUCUAAUACACCUUCUGGCUCGGUGGCUUUUGAUGAAACAAUAAGCACAUGUGAAAACUCAAGCUUCACAGAUCCCGCUUUGUGGCCAAAAUUGAUUUCUAAGAAUAUUGAUGGUAUUUUAGAUGUUGGUCCUGUACAGGUACAAGAUGUUGAUUUUAAAAAAGAUGCUUAUAAUCGGCACUUUUCUUCAGCUUUCUACAAAAGAAAAUUAGACAGUGGUGAAGAACAAACACGGCGAUGGUUGGUAUACUCCUCAUCUACCAAUAAAGUAUUCUGUUUCUCUUGUAAAUUAUUUGAUAAGAAUCCUAAAACAUCGCUUGCCCUUGGAGGAUCAGAUGACUGGACACAUAUGUCAAAUAUUUUGAAAUCGCAUGAAACCUCCAGUGGUCAUUUUACAGCCCAGCAGAUGUGGACUGAAACACAACUGAGACGGAAAUCAAAACACGCGAUUGACCAAAACUAUCAAAAUCUCAUGAGCCGGGAAAGGCAACACUGGAGAUCUGUGAUGGAGAGGUUGUUAAAUAUUGUCCAGUUUUUAGCAGAGCGUAAUCUGGCCUUCAGAGGCUCUUCAGAUCGACUUUUUACAACCAAUAAUGGAAAUUUUUUAGGUCUCGUGGAACUAUUAGGAAAAUACGACAGUGUGAUGGCAGAACACUUACGCAGGGUGGUAUCAAAAGAAACUGCAGACCACUACUGCGGAAAAACAAUUCAAAAUGAAAUAAUAAAUCUUAUGGCAAAACAGGUAAUUGAGGACAUUUUACAGCGCUGCAGAAAUGCAAAAUAUUUCUCAAUUAUCCUUGAUUGCACUCCAGAUAUUAGCCAUAAGGAGCAGAUGUCUUUUACAAUUCGAUUUUUGGAAGACAUUUCUGGAAAUUUUCAAGUAAAGGAACAUUUCCUUGGUUUCAAUAAAGUAGAGGAUACAACUGGAAAAGGAUUAAGUGAUUUCCUCCUUGAAUUUCUUUCAGGAAAAAAUUUGGACAUUGAUAAUUGUCGUGGACAAGGUUAUGACAAUGGAGCCAAUAUGGCAGGAAAAAACAACGGAGUUCAGUCCAAAAUUUUAAACAUAAACCCAAGAGCAGUAUUUGUACCGUGUGGCUGUCAUUGUCUUAAUCUUGUCAUUGGAGAUGCAGUACGCUCCUGCAAGGAAUCGAUGCUACUAUUUGGGAUCAUUCAGCGCCUUUAUGUUCUAUUCUCAGGAUCCGUAAAGAGAUGGAAAAUUUUGUCUGACCACGUUUCUGGCCUCACUUUAAAGCCUUUGUGCACCACGCGGUGGGAAUGCCGUAUAAAUUGUCUAAAACCGCUAAGACAUAAUCUCGGUGAAAUACAAGAAGCACUAAUUGUUUUGUCUGAUGAAACCCACACUGAACCGAACAUUUGUCAUGAGGCUAACACACUAUCUCAGCAGAUUGUGGAGUUAAAAUUUAUUGUGUCAUUGUGUGUUUGGUAUGAGAUAUUGUACCAAGUUAAUAUUGUGAGCAAAGCUAUGCAGAAUGAAGCUGCUGAUAUCAUUUUAGUCUCAAACCUUAUCCAGAAAUGUCACAAUUUUUUAAUACAUUUCAGAGAGUCUGGAUUUGAAAGCUCCUUCCAGCUUGCAAAGGAACUAGCAGAAAAAGUGAAUGUGGAGCCUGUUUUUAAAAAGCCUUCUCGUAUCCACAGAAAAAAAGCCUUGUUUGAUUACGAAAGCCAAGAUGAACCUUUAACCGAUCCCACGAAGAAAUUUAAGAUUGAUUUUUUUUUAUGUUUUGGUUGA